UCUGCUAUCUUGGCUGGGCAAAAUGAGGGACCAACGAUCCUUGCGACUAUCUGGGUCUUACUUGUGGUUCCUGGCUUGGUUAUGGCUUUGCGUCUUUACUGUAAAGUGAUGGUCAGCAAAUCUUAUGGAUGGGAUGACCUUGUGAUCUGUCUUUCAUGGACUCUACUUCUCGUCUACACCGUUUUGUGCACCUGUUCAGUUCAGAUGGGAGUUGCCGGAAGACACAUCCACACCAUAGCAGAGCCGAGCAAAGUACCACCAGGUCUGGAGCUUCUCUACAUUGGUUUUGUCAUCGUGAUUAUCGCAUGUGUUCUAGCCAAAACAUCCUUCGCAAUCACACUGCUCCGCAUUGUUACUAAGGCCUGGAUGAAGGUCUUUCUGUGGUUCGUCAUCAUCACAAUGAAUCUGAUCAUGUGGUUGUGCGCGAUUUGUUAUCUUCUUCAGUGCAAACCAGCUGCAGCGUUAUGGAACGCAAAGCUUAUGGCUACAGCGGAGUGCUGGCCCACUCAUAUCUUUGAAACUAUCGCUCUUACGGCUGGAGCUUAUUCUGGAUGCAUGGAUUUUGUUAUCGCCCUUUUCCCAUGGAUCAUUAUCUGGAACCUCCAAAUGAAGCGACAUGAGAAACUUGGUAUCGGCAUCGCCAUGAGCCUGGGUGUCUUUGCUGCUGCUACGGCUUUCAUAAAAACCUCGAAGCUUGUGAAUGUCUCCAAGGUUCAGGAUUUCACCUACUACAGCUCUAGCAUUAUCAUAUGGGCCUCCGCCGAAACUGGCCUUACCAUCCUCGCCGCGUCCAUCCCUAUGCUACGGAUUUUGUUCAAUCGCUUCCGCACUAGCUACGAUGAAAGUGGGCCUCCUACUUCCGGCACUUACAAGGUAUCUGGCAAAUUCCGCAGUUACCACCGCGCCGGUCCGUCGGGAGUAUACGACCCCAAUCCGUAUAUUUCUAACAGUGGUGCUAUUGCCAUGACCGACUGGCGGGAUAAUAGCAGUCAAAACAGCAUCCUCGGCGCGGAAGAAAUUAAACAAACUCAAGAGGUCUCACUGACUUAUGAGAAGCGGACAGACAAUGAGAGAGAGACGGGAAACAUUUUCUCUUCUAGACGACAUGUGUGA